UCGGUGAAGAUGUUUUCCUCUCUUAACUAGAAGCCUUCAGGUAAAAAUAAAGCCACAGCAGCAACAGAGGGGGGAAAAAAAUGAGUCUUUUUUAGGGUUAAACAUCAGAAGACAAGCUUGUGCGGCUUCGGCCAAUCAGAUCCGCCCUGCCAGCUAUAAUAUAGUACUGAAGACAGCCUCUCGCACAAGCUCUCAGGCUUGCUACCAUUUAAAAUCAGACUCUUUUUGUCUUCUGCCGGCUGUCUUGAGCCCCAACUCCGAUGCGUUCCGUUAUCAGCGGCCAGCAGCCUGCCGUCCCAGCCCCCGUCUGGGUGCGGAUCGGUGGCGAGUCCCCCGCAGCGGCGGCGGCGGGCAAGGUUAUAUAGGAAAAGAAAGAGCGAGGCAGGGCGCGCGGGCGCCAGCAGCCAGCCGGAGCGAGGGAGGCAGAGCGCGCACACUCGCACACCCGCACCCUCGCGCACUCGGACCUGCGCCGGCCGGCCGCCAGGUCCCCGGGCUCCAUGGACGAGAUGCUGCUGCUGGCGAGAUGUCUGCUGGUGCUGCUGGUCUCCUCGCUGUUGAUGUGCUCGGGGCUGGCGUGCGGACCCGGCAGGGGAUUUGGCAAGAGGCGGAACCCCAAAAAGCUGACCCCUUUAGCCUACAAGCAGUUUAUCCCCAACGUGGCGGAGAAGACCCUAGGGGCCAGUGGAAGAUAUGAGGGGAAGAUCACCAGAAACUCAGAACGAUUUAAGGAACUCACCCCCAAUUACAACCCCGACAUCAUAUUUAAGGAUGAAGAAAACACUGGAGCGGACCGGCUGAUGACUCAGAGAUGCAAGGACAAACUGAACGCCUUAGCCAUCUCCGUGAUGAACCAGUGGCCGGGCGUGAAGCUGCGGGUGACCGAAGGCUGGGACGAGGACGGCCACCACUCGGAAGAGUCGCUGCACUACGAGGGCCGCGCGGUGGACAUCACCACCUCUGACCGCGACCGCAGCAAGUACGGCAUGCUGGCGCGCCUGGCCGUAGAGGCCGGCUUCGACUGGGUCUACUACGAGUCCAAGGCGCACAUCCACUGCUCCGUGAAAGCAGAGAACUCGGUGGCGGCCAAGUCGGGCGGCUGCUUCCCGGGCUCGGCCACGGUGCACUUGGAGCAGGGCGGAACCAAGCUGGUGAAGGACCUGCGGCCCGGGGACCGCGUGCUGGCGGCCGACGACGAGGGCCGGCUGCUCUACAGCGACUUCCUCACCUUCCUGGACCGCGACCGCGGCGCCAAGAAGGUCUUCUACGCCAUUGAGACGCGGGAGCCUCGCGAGCGCCUGCUGCUCACCGCCGCGCACCUGCUCUUCGUGGCGCCGCACAACGGCUCAGCCGCGGGGGCGCCCGAGGGGGCGGCGGCGGCGGCCGCGGCGGCGGCGGCGGGCGGGGGCGCGCCGGGGCGCCGGGCGCUCUUCGCCAGCCGCGUGCGGCCGGGCCAGCACGUGUACGUGGUGGCCGAGCGCGGCGGGGCCCGGCGGCUGCUGCCCGCCGCGGUGCACAGCGUGACGCUGCGCGAGGAGACGGCGGGCGCCUACGCGCCGCUGACGGCGCACGGGACCAUCCUCAUCAACCGGGUGCUGGCCUCGUGCUACGCGGUCAUCGAGGAGCACAGCUGGGCGCACGGGGCCUUCGCGCCCUACCGUCUGGCGCACGCGCUCCUGGCCGCGCUGGCGCCCGGGCGCACGGACCGCGGCGGAGCCGGCGACGGCGGGGGCGGCGGCCGCGUCCCCCCGCCCACGCCUGGGGCGCCGGGGGCGGCCGACGUGCCGGGCGCCGCGGGCAUCCAUUGGUAUUCGGAGCUGCUCUACCAAAUAGGCACCUGGCUGUUGGACAGCGAGGCUUUGCAUCCGCUGGGCAUGGCGGUCAAGUCCAGUUGAAGGCCACGGGGGCCGGGGAGGGCACCGGAGGGGGGCGGGGCGGGCGGGGUGGGGGGGCCGGACGCCGCAAAGGACACACGGCAACAGCGCACGCAAUGAGACUUUAAUUAUAAAUAAGAGUAAGAAUAAGAAUAAAGUAGGACAGUCCAAAGUAGACUAUAAGGAAUCAAAGACCCCGAGAAAUUCUGUCGUCGUCUUUAGUUUAUAUAUAUAUAUUUUUUGAAUUUUUUGAUUCUUGUUUUAAUUUUGGUUAUUUUUUUUU